AUGGAGUUCAGUGCGACUGUCUCUGAACCUGUCUCAUAUCUUGCUUACCCAUUUUCUCUCCCUUCGAUUGCAACCGCGGUGUUCAGUUGCUUUUUGUGUUUUUUCUACUUAUACUUCUUUGGUAGAGGGCUUAGUACAAACGCGACUUGGUAUGCGCUUACUGAAGAUGCACUGUCGAAUCACUCAAAGGCGAGGGAACAAUGGAUGACAGAUGCUCAGGAGCUGUUGUACGGAGGACUCAAAAAGAUCAAGGGCGCUAUCAUAGUCACUUCCCCCAUUGGGCCGACAAUCUUCUUGCCAAAUUCGUUUGCAGGUGAGAUUCGCAACAUGAAAGAACUCAGCUUUAGUCGAUCUAUUGUGAAAAAUGCUUUGGCUCGCGAACCAGGAUUGAACCCGAUUCUGGCGAUUGACUAUCAUGGAGUCAUGCAAGAGGUUGCCCGGCUCGACCUUACUCGCUCUCUGGACAUCUCCGAUUGGAAGACUGUGGAUCUGAAGCCUCUUAUUCACCGCCUUGUUGCCCGCAUCUCCAGCCGCGUCUUCCUCGGUCCUGAACUCUCCAACAACGAAGAAUGGUUGAACAUUGCCUUGUCGUACGUUACCCAAGCAAGCAUGGUGACGCGGAAGCUUCGUGGCUUGCAUCCACUAUUACGACCCCUAGCGCGGUGGUGGUUUCCCGAACUAGGCGUAUGUAGAGAGCAGGUUGACAAAGCGCGGAAAAUUAUCACUCCACUCGUGCAGGAUCGUCUACAGAGAAAGGCCAACGGGCAAAUCACCGAGAAGACUGCUGAUAUGUUAAGUUGGCUGGACGACAAGGCAAAGGCGAAGGGUGUGAAGAUUGAUUUCGCAGAGUUUCAACUCUUGCUCGUGGUGGCGGCAGUACACACGACUACGGAGACAAUCGCAAUGUUCAUGGCUGAUCUGAUUGAGAACAAAGAGGCAAUUUCACAGCUCAGGAAGGAGAUUAUUUCGACGUUCUCGACUUCUGGUUGGAAAAAGACAUCGUUGGCUUCAAUGACGUUGCUUGACAGCGCGAUGAAGGAAUCACAGCGGUUGAAUCCUAUCACGGAUCGUUACAGACUGGCUGUGGAGCACCGCCUUCGAGAUCCAACCCUGUGGUCCGAUGUCAACAAAUUCCAACCGGACCGUUUCCUCAAGUUACGCGAUACUGAUCGAAGCAAGUGGAACUUCGUCACUGGUUCGCCCGAGCACCUCGGAUUUGGCUACGGGAAACAAUCAUGCCCGGGACGGUUCUUUGCUAGUAACGAGAUCAAAGUCAUCGUCAUACACAUGCUUCUCAAGUAUGAUUGGGAGUUUACGGAUCAAGGAAGAUUACCAAACGGGUUAUCUGGGACAGACCGCUACAUGGACCCGAGGCAAAAAGUCAUGCUAAAGAGUAGGAAAGAGGAAAUCAACCUGGGUUUACCUUAA